UGAACAGGUGCAACAACAAGUUUUGUGGCCGCAGUCAGUGAAGUGUGACCUACUCCAUCGCCGCCGACUGCAAAGCUAAAAGUCAUGGAUGUCAAGGUCACUCUCAUGCUGCUGCUUUGCAUAUCACACGAUUCCGAUGCUACAGACAGUCACAAGCCGUGCACUCGACUUGAGGCUGACGUGGCCUUUCUUGUGGAACCGUCAGACGGUGACUUGAUGAAGUUUGUCGUUGAUGUCGUCACACACAUUGAGAUGAUCCCGGGCAAGACACGAGUGGCUGGCAUUGCCAUGGCCAAGGAUCCUGUUGUUUGUUGCACCUGGAGCAGCCUGCAGACAGUCGAUGGCACACCUGGUCCUACCUAUUCUUCCGGACCUUGUCUACAAUCGUGUGCUGCUGCCAACCAAUCACUGGUCACCACAGACACCAGCAUUGAUGUAGCGCGAGCCGUGCACGUGGCGCGAACAGAGCUGCUGAGCACAGCGCGAGUCUGGGUGUCAUGGCUGCCUGUGCUCAUCACUCGCACCCACCCGCUCCACCUGCCGACACUACUCACAGAGACCCACCUCCUGAGGCAGCAAGGAGCACAGCUCAUUGUGGUCGCCGUAGGGCCCCUGGCUGGUGACGUCACACGCCGGCUGAUGGACGCUGGCUGCAAUGUUAUCACAGUGAACCACUCCUCGCUGCUCAGUGACAUGACAGCAGCUUUACUCAACCUUCUCUGCACAGAUCGGUUUGCUGCUCAUUCCCCGGACUACAAACACGAUCCUCUUCUUCUUCGGAAAAGAGCCGACUUCCAUCUACUUCCACAGAUGAGGGAAUCAUGUUUGCUUGAGCGCAAGUCGGAAGUUGUGGGGAUGACCUGCCACAAAACCUGGGAGACAGCUGAUGGCGUCAUGGGUUCUCGUGUGGGCGAGGGCAGCACGUGCUGGCGCAAGGUCAAUGGCGUCAUCAUCCGAAUCAAGUGCACUAACGGAAUCUGGCGAAGUGCUGGAGUAAACCGCUGCCCAGCUGCUGCCUCCCUGGUCAACGGCAACAGGUCCUGCGAUGGUCAAGAGGACAACGUGGACGGCUCAGUGUGCACCUACACCUGUGUCAUUGGCUACGAGCUCCAGGGGAGUGGCACUGUCACCUGUAAUCGCAAUUCCUGGAGCUCACCUUUCCCGACUUGUGCCAUUCGCCACUGCAAUUCUCCAGCGACCUUUUCCAAUGGAGAUCGACUUUGUACACGGUCUACCGAGUAUUUGUCAAGGUGUCGGCACACGUGUGACACAGGCUUUGAACUUCACGGCAGUGAAUACGUGUCGUGCGAUGCCAGUUCCAACUCCGCCUUUUGGACCACGACCUUCCCUACAUGUGCUGGAUAUUUGAGAUGA